AGUUACCAGGAAGAUUAACCGCGAUGAUCAACUGGCCCGGGUGUUCCAAGCUGGCUAAGGGUUAGCAGGCUCAGUAGAAAUUAAAGGCAGGAAAACCUUGCGAGGCAGUCUUUCCUCUAUUUAAUGUGAAAAUGCCUGCUGUAGUCCAGGAGAAAGGUGAUCCCGGAUCAUCUUCAGAAGACGAGCAAGAAGACCAUCCUUGCAUCACAUGGAGCGGCCUUAGCAAAACAAUCCCAGUUCUCCUCUUCUUACCUGAGGCGAUCGUAGCUAAAGAUAGGAACAUCUGCUCUGUUGGAGAGCAAUAUAAUAUGGCCUUCAAGAUUGUACGCACAGAGAGCCGGCUGGUACGAGGCAUACUCACCAAUCAUGGGCUCCAUGAGGUUCACCCAAACAGCAAUGACUUCAACCUGAUGUGGACGGGAUCGCACCUCAAGCCUUACAUAAUGCGCAGCCUCCAAGACUUCCAGAAGGUCAACCACUUUCCCAGGUCAUAUGAAUUAACGCGCAAAGACCGUCUCUAUAAAAACAUCCAGCGAAUGCAGCAGACUCAUGGCUUCAAAAACUUCCACAUCAUUCCUCAGACCUUCAUGCUUCCCUCUGAGUUCCAGGAGUUCCGCAGUAAGAGAUGCCCGCCGGGUUCCACCAAUCAGAGCAGAGCCUCAGCACCCUGCCGUGGGCCGUCUGUGUUUGAGUGUCCUCUCCUGCCUCUUUCUCUCACAGACUGUUUUGCCAAGGACAAGGGCCCGUGGAUAAUUAAACCAGUGGCUUCUUCAAGAGGACGAGGCAUCUACUUGGUCAGCAAUCCAAAUCAGAUUUCCAUGGAUGAAAAUAUCUUGGUGUCUCGCUAUAUUAACAACCCUCUACUGAUAGAUGAGUUCAAAUUUGAUGUUCGGUUGUACGUGUUGGUGACAUCGUAUGAUCCACUCCUCAUCUAUGUGUACGAGGAGGGCCUGGCAAGAUUUGCUACAGUUAAGUAUGACCGAGCCUCGACGAACAUCAAGAACACGUUCAUGCAUCUCACCAACUACAGUUUGAACAAAAAGAGCAGUGAUUAUGUCAGCUGCGAUGACCCUGAAGUUGAGGAUUAUGGGAACAAAUGGAGUAUGAGUGCAGUGUUGAGGUAUUUGAAGCAGGAGGGAAAGGACACCACAUUGCUGAUGAAACAAGUCGAAGACCUCAUCAUCAAAGCUUUGCUGAGUGCCGAACUGCAGAUAGCCACAGCCUGCAAGACCUUUGUUCCUCACAAGACUAAUUGCUUUGAACUAUAUGGUUUUGAUGUGCUCAUUGACUCCAACCUCAAACCUUGGUUAUUAGAAGUUAACCUUUCUCCCUCCCUGUCUUGUGAUGCACCGUUGGAUCUGAAGAUAAAAGCCAGUAUGAUAGCAGACAUGCUUUCCCUUGUGGGCUUUGUGUGUCAGGACCCCCUAUCGAGACAGCCCCGCUCUGACAGAGUCCCCCAUGACAAGCACCAGACAGGCCUAAGACCACAGCGACAGAGGCCCACGUCAGCCGUUAGCUCAGAAACUGAGGGGUCCAAGGACAAGCAAGGUGCUAAACACAGCCAUGGAGACAGCACUUUGAGUCUGACCGCUGAGGAGAUCAAAGUGCUGAGGAGGAUAAAAGAAGAGUAUGAGAGACGAGGAGGUUUUAUAAGGAUCUUCCCUUCUGCAGAUACAUGGGAGCUCUAUGGUGGAUAUCUGGAGUCCAAGACGUCAAUGAACUUCAUGUUGGCAAACAGACUUUUCCAUGAAAGGAAUGUGAAUGGGAAUGUGCAGCUGCAGGUGGACACAGUCCAUGGCUGUCAUGAUGUCCAGUAUGAGAGGAAGCUGCUGUCUCUUGAGGCAAGAAAGAGGAGACAGCACCACCUGACUCAUCGCUUCACUGCAAGGAAGAAAAAAUCGGGGAAAGAAUCCAAGGCCUCCCUGUCUGAGAAUGGCAGUCAGGAGGCAGAGGAGUGUGCUCAGGAGGAAAGACAGGAGGUGAAACAACUUCGUGAGCCAGUCUCACACAGGGCUUUGGUAGCAGAGCAAAGAAAACAAGUGGCCACACCACUGGAGCGCCGCCACAACGAGGCUCUGUCCAGCUCAGAGGCAGCCAUGCACAGUGCCAGGCCUACAGUCAACCUGCUCAACAUCCUUCAGCAGGGGUGGGACCUCAGCAAAGUGCAGGCCCGGAUUGCUUUUUCCUCUUACUUGCAGCGGGUCCAGCAAAGGCUGUUAGCAGAGAACAGAGCCAACGCCGUGCCAGCUUGGCCCGAGAAGGACAACGACCAAAUGGAACUGGUGAUCCGAUUCCUUAGAAGAGCCGCCAGCAAUCUCCAGCAGGACAUAAAGGUCAUUUUGCCCAAUCGCCAGUUACCUCUCCAAGACCGACGACGCAUCCUAUCCCAGCAGCUAGGGGAGUUUAUCCACUGUUACAACCAGGAAACUGAGCACAUAGUGAAAAAACAGGAGAAAAGCAACGAGGCGCAUUGUGUUAACCACAGUGUAUUUCAAGAGUACAUUUCUACAGCGAGUGAAAAUGAGCUGGAGGAAGUCCUGACAUACUAUACACAGAAAAAUAAAUCGGCCACCGUCUUCCUUGGAUCUAAAGUCAGAGGUGUUAGGAGAGACGCUCGUGACAUCAAUUUCCCAGAAGAUUCAGGCAGUGGCGAUCACUCCAAAUCUCUGCCUGUGGCCAAAGAGGAUUCGAGUGCUUCAGAGUCUUCAUUCUCAACAGGGAAAGUCAGCAGUGACCCAGACAUGAAGGCCACAGAGAGUCAGUCGUCUGUGCUGCCUGCAGACCGACAGGCGGAGGUUACGACAGGUAACAUUCAGCCAGAUGUCCAGUCGUCUCAGCACGCCUCCAGUUUUCCCCUGACUUUAGACUGCACGCACAUUCAUCCGCAGCGCUGCGCUCAUGAUCCAGCAUCUGUUCCUCUUCACUGCCCACCACCGCCACCUCCUCCUCAGCCUCCGUCCUAUGCACAGUCCCUGGCAAAGUCCCACUUUUACCACUCAGAGAACCAUUCUGACCCUCCUGCAUAUACCCCUGCCCCUGUGGUCACACCGCCUCCAAAAGUUAUGUGGAAGGCAAUGCCCCCUGGCCCCACUUCCGUGACUAUGGGACAAUCAAACCAGGUGCUUAGAAGGAUUAAAUCUUUUACUAUGUACACAUCCAGCUCUGGAAAGGCCUCCUCAGUCCCAAGUGCCACGCAAAUCUAUUGCCAGAAGGCGUCUAGACCCACAUCUGCAGGACAAGUGAUCAAGAGGAGCAGUUCCAGCAAUCUCAAGUCAAACUCAGUGGGGGCUUUCAAAGACUUACAUUCUCUGUCUGCCCAGGCACAAUCUAACCAGCAGGCCUUCAUCUCAGCCCUGCAGAAACUGGCAGAUAAGCAGGUUGCUCGUCACUAUGCCAGCUCCAGUCAUGUUAACCUGCUGACCCAACAUCUGACCAACCUCAACCUGGCCAACAGAGUGUUGACCAGAGAGAGUUUCAACCUGAAUCCUAAAACUACUGCAACCCAAGGGCCCAUGAGAGCUGUUCACUCUGCAACAGAUCAGCUGAGCUGCGCAGGCCACAGACCGCUGAGGGACGAGGAGGAGAUUUGGGAUGGGCAGAACAAGGCCGCCUCUAGUCUGGUGCCGGGGGUGAAGCCCAUGCAGGGUAAUCAGCCAACACAAGGAAACUACCAGCUUCAGUUUGCAAUUCAGCAACUUCAACAGCAGAGACUGAAGUCUCAUCAGUUUCGGGACCAGGAUCACUGCAGACACCAGGCACAGUUUUUAGACCAAACGAGUGCUCUACACACCCAGCUUCACACAAAACCAUCCAGCUGCCAUUCGCCCAGCUUUCAGUUUCAGCCUAAUCACAGCCAUGGCCACAGCCACGUCCAGACCUAUGCGGGUCCAGCUCUCGCUCCGAAGCCACCCAGCUGUGCCCGAGAGGGACAAACCAGGAAAACAGCAACAAAGCGCCUCAUCAAGCAGAUGUCCUCUGAGAGUUCAGCUAGUGGAUCCGUGUCAAGUGGUCAGCAGGUGGUCUAUGAGGCCGUCCACGGUAAAACAGGUCGCUCGGUGUACCAGAGGCUGUUCCAGGGCCAGGGGCCCUCUCAUAGAUGACAUGAAGGAGAUCAGGGGCACGUCCUGCCACUCUGCAGGCCUGACAGGUGUCUCUGUAUGUAACAACAUCUCGCAUAGGUAUAUUCUGGGAAAGGACAACAGAUGAAAGUAUGCCAAACAUUGAGCAAGGUCCUAUUAAUUUCUGUACGAUGUAGCCACAGAUAUGCAAGAUGAUAGUCUGCCAGGCCAGGAAUGCCCAGCUUUGACGCAGGUUGGGAUUUAGUUGCGCAGCUCCAACACCCCCCCCCCCCCCCA